AUGGACCGAUGGGAAGAAAUGAUCCAGAAAGGUAUCCGAGAGUACCGGUACGAGGUUCUCGAUGCCUUCAAGAGUCUGGGAGUUCCACUUUCCCCUGGCGAGCUCGAAUUUCUGGAUGAAAUGGAACAGCUGGAAAAUGACGCCUAUAUAAACGAAUUUAAUGAGCUGGGCACGCCAUCCGCCGAGAUUCAUGGGUCUCGAGUUCGGAAAGAGGAAUCUGAACGGAAGCAAAAACCCACAGAAAAGAAGCCAGCCCAGUGGCCGAUGAUGAGAGAACUCGCCGAUAUCCAGCUUGGGCGAUGGUCUGGGAAGCCACAUUGGGCUGUUGAAAAUUAA